AUGAAAUUUUCAUUCAAGGCAUUAAACUGUUCGGAUGGACAACUGUCAUGUGACUUAGAUUCUUCGAAUAUUUCAAGUCCGAAUGUACAUGAUGGCGUAAAUUCAUCCUCAACAGGGAUAAUCGCUAAAGCAUCACUUUCUGACAAUACUGAGAAAGAAGGUUCUAAAAAUGCAAAUAGUGCAUGUGUUUAUCAGUCCGACAACUUGAGUCAACUUUCUCCAAAUGUUACUAGUCUUUUAAAACCAACAAAAACACGGGAAUCUGAGGAGGUGAGGAUUACCAAACUGUAUCACAUUGCUUUGCGUCUUUGUUCAUCUGAUUGUCAUGGUGAAGAUUUUAAGGCCAGACCAGUUUUAGAAAGUAUUUUGAACAGCUUUAUUAUUGAAGGCAAUAAAUUAACUCCACAAUUGACAUCUGUAAAGUUUGCCAGUUGUAAAUUACUCGGAGGCAUUUAUUUCAAGUUGAAUAAAAAUGCUGAAGGUAUAGAUCUGCUCAGUAAGGCUUUACAAAUUGACUCGAAUGAUUUAAGCCUUUGGAUACGCUUAGCUCGUGCUGCUAUACGCUCCGGCUUUUUUGAAGUUGCUAUUAAUUCAAUAGACCAUAUCCUGAUGAAACGACCAUCUCAUCCAGUUGCAUUACAUCUUGCUUUACCAUUAUACUUUGCAGUAUCUGAAUUAGAAAUUUGUUUGGAAUUGUCAACGCGUAUGCUCCAGAUAGAUCCGUCUAGUGAAUAUGCUGUUUAUUUCAUCAAUCGGAUCCUUACAAUUCAACCAAGUUUACAUGAAAUGGUUACAGAUUUAUUCUUACAAAGGCCAGAUAUAUUCAAUCAAUUACCGGCAAGUAAAGAAGCUGAACAGGUCGAUCAAGAAAUACAAAAGAUUCGAACUAUUUAUCGUAAACAAAAGGAUGCUGAAAUAGAAUCACAAAUAAUCCCAGUGAUUAAGUUUCCAUCACCAUUGAAACACUUAAGCUGGUUGCAUCUGAUUAAAGAGACAGUGACAAUGUAUGAUCAUUUACAAGCAGAAUCUACGAUCCAUUUAGUCCUUGACCUAUCGUCUUUAUGGUCUGAAGAUCUACUGCUUAGAGAGAUAAAAGAAUCGUCAACAAGUAAUGUAAAUGUACAUUCCAAUUUGAAACCAAUUGAACAGUCGGAAAGUAAUAAUAAUAAUAAUAAUGCUACUACUACUGGUCAGAUAGAAGAUCCUCAUAUCACAAAGGUUCCAUCAAGUACAGAUACAACGUCUGAAUUAGUUAAAGAUGAUGUAAAUGAAUUCAAUAUGGAAGCGGGCAACGAUGACUUGGCUACUGGAUUUGAGAAACGUCGUUCUGCACGGGUUAGAACAUGUUUUGAUUUAAGUGAUGGCUUAAAUCGUUAUUGUUCAAGACGAUCUGUAACAACGGAAUUAGAUAAAGUUGUCUAUGAUAAGUGUAAAGCAUCUUCUAGCGAGAAGUUGACCAGUUCACAGAAAGAAGGCAACAAUCCAAAUGAUCGUUUCAAGCUGGCUGAUAAAUUUCAAACUCUUUUACCUCAAAUAUUCAGAGAUCUGGCUGCUUACAACAGAAAACAGAAGAUUUCACAAGAAGUUCAAUUAUCUACGGAAAAUUCAAUGAAUGACAACAAUAAUUUAACUACUAAUGAAGUUGUGUCAGUUAACUCUGAACAAGUAACGUUGAACCAAUCAAAUUUAUGGAGUGCAAAAUCUGUUCAUAAUUUCCUAAUCAUGUUAAAUGGCAUGAAGCCGAAUAUUGUUACAUUUGGUAUAUCAUUAUUAUUGCAAACCUGUCAAUUGUCUGGUUGUCGUUGGUCUUCAGAGCUUGCAACUGCCUAUAGGAGUUUAUUUCAGCGUUUACAACCAUCUUUUCCGUAUUUUCUAACAAUUCCACCAUCUAAUUCACUACUGACGGAUACUGUUAGUCGACUGACAAAAGAUGCUGACACUUGCCUUCUACCAGAAUGUGUAUUGGCACUUAGAAUACCGCCUGAAAUCAAACAUUUAGCCUAUUUUUACCUUAUAUAUAUUGAAUUACACUUAGAAGAAUUAGAAGCGAAUCCUAGCAGUAGUAGUAGUAGUACAACAGGAUCAAAAGGAAGAAAUUCACUCAUAACUGAAAUAUCAACAUCGUUAUUCUCCGCUUUAAAUGAGAUUCUUUCAAAAUUUGAAGAAACCUCGUCAGAUUAUCCUAUCAUUAUGAGUCAUUGUAAGUAG